AUGUUCGAGUGAGUUUGACAUCAAUUAUAUAGGUCUCAGUCUCGUUUUAGUCACCGCCACGGUCGUCUUGGCUCUAACAACCGUGGGCGCUACCGAAAGCGAAGCCGUCGAGGGAUUCGACUUCAAAAGGUAAUCAAAUUUGACGAUUUUGAAGCUUGUAAACAUACUAAAUUAUUAAAAAAUUUUUUUGGAGUCAGUGUUCGAACUUCUUUUAAUUAUUUUGUUACAUAUUGGUGUGUAAUGCGUUCAAAAGUUACUUUCUUGCAGUUAUCAUGACUACCCAGACUUUGAAUGGUACAUAACCUCAGUAGCGAGGCGAUAUCCCCACAUAUCCACUUUGAAAGUGAUAGGUACUAGUCGAGAAGGGCGUAAACUGUUGGGUCUUAAAGUAAGUGCAAACUUGAAGUAUAUAUUGACAAACACCUACAAAACCCAAACGAUUGUUUUAUGGACAAUCCUAACUAUCACUUUGGAAGUGAUUAAAAAGUAUAUUACUUUAGAUUGGAAAGCCCUCCAAUGUUUCGAAGCCAGCUGUUUGGAUUGAUGGAGGAAAUCACGCCAGAGAGUGGCCAGCGUUCCACGUUUGUAUUUUCUUUAUUGACAGAGUAAGAAAUAAGAUGCUGUGGAUUACAAAGAUAAUUAUAAAGUCAACAAUAUGUUACCAUUAAAGUUAAAUCAACAACUGUUAAACUAAAAUGCAAAACAAUAAUUUCAGCUUCUUACCGGUUAUGGUAAGAUACCAAAGUUUACCGAGUACAUAGAGAAACUGAACAUAUACGUAUUCCCUGUUCUCAACCCAGAUGGCUUCAUCUUCUCACGAACAUCUACAAAAGACGCGGUAAUUUAAUAAUGUUAACUUUAACCAAACCAUGCAAAUUCAAAUGAGUUGGCACUAAAUGUUACUCUGUUAAAAUGAUCAUAACUUUAAAAUUACCACUCAAAACUUAUAUAAUUUUAGGUACGACAAUGGAGAAAGAACAUGGCACCAGACAAUUGUACUGGUUUCGUCAGCUUCAAAAGAGACCCAACUUGCUGUAACGGUGUAGACCUCAACCGUAACUGGGACGUCGGAUUCAGACAGAAUAACUAUCCCUUCAACAACCCAUGUUCCGAUGAAUUCCAAGGUCCACAUCCGUUCAGUGAGCCAGAAACUAUGUGAGUAAAAUGAUAAGGUGUUAACACUAACGGGUGUCUUAUUAAAAAUAUUUAUCCUCAAAAGAGUAAUCUCCUUACAGUACCAUUUCUCCUUGAUCUCAACGAACUUUCAGAGCAAUGAGAGACUUUGUACUGAGUCCAGAAAUAAACGGUAAAGUAAAGGCUAUGGUAAGUCUACAUACUCACGGCCAGCUGUUCAUCAUACCGUACAACUUCAACAGGAAAACCUAUCCAGAAGACUACGCAGACCUAGAAGGCGUGGCACGAAGAGCAGCAGCAGCUAUUGCCAGCUACAGAGAUACUGAAUACAGAGUUGGCACGGCCGCUGACAUGUUAGGUAACAUCUACUUUUAAGACAUUCUGUGUACAAAAAGUUGUUAUUAUUUGUGUUUGAUAAAAAUGAUCAAGAUCUCUAAGAUAACAUCACAUUCAGGACCUGCUACUGGAGGAGCGAUUGACUGGAUCAAGAUGAACACACUCAUAAAAUAUGUGUAUGUGCUAGAACUGCCGCCUGAACUAAACAGUACGUUUACAUUUGACCAUUCCCUGUGCUAAAUGCACAAUAACAUCAAAUUAUCAUUCACACUUUCAUAGUUGAUAUCUAAUUUAAAAUUUCAGCCUGGUUCGCCUUCCAAAUGAAGCCCCACUGGCUGGUACCUACGGCCAAAGAGACCUGGCAAGGGAUCGAAGUGAUCAUACGACAAGUGAUGCGAGAGUUCCCCACCGUCUAA